ACAGAUCUGGCAUAUCCUCCUGCUCAUAAUGAGAAUAGUUCUGCUCCAAUUAGCCAAGGUGAACCUCAUGGACAUCACCAAAAUCUUCUCCCUCCUGCAGCCCGAUAAGGAGGAGGAGGACACCGACACGGGGGAGAAGCAGGCUCUCAAUCAAGCAGUGUACAACAAUGACUCUUAUACCUUGGACCAGCUUUUGCGCCAGGAGCGUUAUAAACGAUUCAUCAACAGUAGAAGUGGCUGGGGCAUCCCUGGGACACCCUUGCGCUUGGCUGCUUCUUAUGGCCACCUUAGCUGCUUGCAGGUCCUCCUGGCACAUGGUGCUGAUGUUGACAGCUUGGACGUCAAGGCACAGACACCACUUUUUACCGCGGUCAGUCAUGGCCAUCUGGACUGUGUGCGUGUGCUUUUGGAAGCUGGUGCUUGUCCUGGUGGUAGCAUCUACAACAACUGCUCUCCUGUGCUCACAGCUGCCCGUGAUGGUGCUGUUGCCAUCCUGCAGGAGCUCCUGGGUCAUGGUGCAGAGGCCAACGUCAAGGCAAAACUACCAGUCUGGGCAUCGAACAUAGCUUCAUGUUCUGGACCCCUCUAUUUGGCUGCAGUCUACGGUCACCUUGAUUGUUUCCGCCUGCUUUUGCUCCAUGGGGCAGAUCCUGACUACAACUGUACUGACCAGCACCUACUGACUCGAGUUCCACGGUCCCGCACCCUCCUCGAAAUCUGCCUGCACCAUAAUUGUGAGCCAGAGUACAUCCGGCUGUUAAUUGAUUUUGGUGCUAACAUCUACCUUCCAUCUCUCUCCCUGGACCUGAACUCACAAUAUGAUAAGGGCACUGCAUUGCUGCUACAGGCCCGAGCUACUCCACGGUCACUAUUAUCACAGGCUCGUUUAGUCAUCCGCAGAGCCCUGCGCCACGCCAGCCAGCCACGAGCCAUCGACCAGCUGGAUAUUCCUCCUGUGUUGAUUAGCUAUCUUAAACACCAACUGUAAUCUUGCAGCCUGCCCAGAAACACACAAUGCCUCCAAAAAGCCACCUGGGGACCCAGGUAGCUUAAGGGCACUACAGCUCUACCCACUCGUCUGAAGCUUCUCUCCUGUAUUAUCCUCCACAAUAAAAUCCUCAACAAAAUAAA